AUAUGCUGUUCCUCCCUCGAAUAUUCCCUCUCUCCGUCCCCGGCAUAUUCCGAUUCCCCCCUUCCCCUUCGCUCCUUCCAUCGCUAUAACAUUCCUUCGCCCCUCCUCCUCUUCUUACAUUACUGCCUGUUUGUUUCCUACAUUGGAUUUCGAUCGCAGAAAAGUUUGGUACUUGGAGAUGAAAUUCGGGAAGAGUCUUGGUAACCAGAUCGAGGACGCGCUGCCGGAGUGGCGGGACAAGUUCCUCUCAUACAAGGACCUCAAGAAGCGCCUCAAGCUCAUCUCCGGUGGCGGCGGAGAGAGGCUAGCCAAACGGCCCAAGGUGGCCGACGAUGUGGGCCCUGGGGAUCGCGAUCCUUCCUCGGCUCCGGAAAGCGCGGCGAUGCCGGUGGUCGAGGAGGAGGAUGAUUUCAUGAGGCUCCUUGAGGCCGAGCUCGACAAGUUCAAUACCUUCUUCGUCGAGAAGGAGGAAGAGUACAUCAUACGCCAGAAGGACCUGCAGGAUCGAGUUGUGGAAGCCAUCUCGAAGGAUUCCAAGGAGGAGUUGAUGAAAGUGCGAAAGGAAAUUGUAGACCUCCAUGGAGAGAUUGUCCUCCUUGAGAACUACAGUGCCCUCAACUAUACUGGGCUAGCGAAAAUACUGAAGAAGUAUGACAAGAGAACAGGAGCACUUAUUCGUCAGCCAUUUAUCCAAAAGGUGCUGCAGCAGCCCUUCUUCACCACUGAUGUGUUAUACAAACUGGUGAAGGAGUGUGAGGCCAUGCUAGACCGACUCUUCCCCAAGAUCGAAACAUCGACAUCCGUGGAAGACUGUGACGGGCAGAACAGGGAGCAGAAGCCGGCAAAACCGAGAUCCUCAUUGGUUGGAGGAGUUCCAGAGUCGGAGGAGAUUGAAUACAUGGAGAGCUCGUACAUGAAGAGUACCAUUGCGGCCUUGCGGGCCAUGAAAGAGAUCAGGGGUGGAAGUUCCACCGUGAGCUUUUUCUCAUUGCCUCCCUUGAAGAGCAAUGGAUUGGAAGAAAGGUGGAACAAUGUUCCUGUAUUAGAACAAGCAGCCAAGUGAUCAUAAAAGAAAGUGAAAUCUUUUAGUUUGCUUUGAGAAGGUUAUCCAUCUCCAUUCUCAAGUCCUCCCUCCCCCUCCCCCUCCCCCUUUUUUUUGUAUCCUAUAAGCUUACCUACAUUAGUUUUUAGAAUCCUUACAUGUAAUAGCUGUAUUACGUGUAAAUUUGAACAUGCAGAGGUUGAAUCAGAGGAAUUCAGCUUGACUGGUUACCAUGAUAUAA